GGUUUCCUUGUCUUUGACUGGAGACCAACUCGCAGAGAGGCAGGCGGAUGAUAACAGCAUCCUUUGCUGUUAUUCAGCCAUCACACAUCUCAAUGAACUGCUCGCAAAGAAGCCACUGAUCGUGCCUACUGCUUUUUGCAGGGCAGAGAUACUGAUCAGUGUCUAAAAACUGCAUCUCUUUUUCACAUGAGAUUAUUUUUUCAUAGACUCCUUUUUUUUAUUUCAAGGUCCCUGUAGCCUCUCUUUCCACUAUGGUGCUGGGAAAGGUAAAGAGCUUCACAGUGAGCUACGACUGUCUCAAUGACAGCAAUGUUCCCGUCUUCUCCAGCGGGGACUGCGUCUCAGGGAGGGUGGUCAUCGAAGUCACGGGAGAAAUCCGUGUGAAAUCUCUCAAAAUCCACGCAAAAGGAUUUGCAAAAGUUCGUUGGACUGAGUCGAGAAACGCUGGAUCCAACACUGCCUACACGCAAAACUACACAGAAGAAGUGGAAUAUCUAAAUCACAAAGAUAUUUUAAUUGGACAUGAGAGAGACGACGACAACUCAGAAGAAGGUCUCACCACUAUCCAUUCAGGAAGACAUGAGUAUGCAUUCAGCCUCGAACUUCCACAGACACCUCUGGCUACCUCUUUCGAAGGAAAGCAUGGCAGUGUGCGCUACUGGGUGAAGGCAGAACUCCACAGACCAUGGCUCCUGCCCAUGAAGACCAAAAAAGAAUUUACAGUCUUUGAGCACAUUGACAUCAACACUCCAUUAUUGCUGUCACCACAGGCCGGCACAAAAGACAAGACACUUUGCUGUUGGUUCUGCACCUCAGGUCCUAUUUCCCUAAGUGCCAAAAUUGAAAGGAAGGGAUACACCCCAGGAGAGUCGAUCCAGAUCUUUGCUGAGAUUGAGAACUGCUCAUCCCGCAUGGUGGUGCCAAAGGCGGCCAUCUACCAAACCCAGACCUUCUAUGCCAAAGGGAAGAUGAAGGAGGUCAAGCAGCUGGUGGCCAACCUGCGGGGCGAGUCUCUGUCCUCGGGCAAAACAGAGACAUGGAGCGGCAAGAUGCUGAAGAUACCACCAGUCUCCCCCUCCAUCCUGGACUGCAGCAUCAUCAGAGUGGAGUACUCUCUCAUGGUAUAUGUGGACAUACCUGGGGCAAUUAACCUGUCCUUGAACCUGCCGCUGGUUAUUGGAACCAUCCCUCUCCAUCCCUUCGGCUCCCGUACCUCCAGUGUCAGCAGCCAGUGCAGCAUCAGCUGGCUGGGCAUGGGUCUGCCUGACAGGCCUGAAGCUCCUCCAAGCUAUGCAGAGAUUGUGACCGAGGAGCAGAGGCAGACCAGCCUGGAUGUUCCAGCAGCCCGUGAGGAGCUGGAUGGACCUCUAUUCGCUUACAUUCAUGAGUUCCGCUUCCAGCCGCCUCCUCUGUACUCGGAGAUCGAUCCUAACCCUGAUCAUGCCAGCCGCACAGAGGAACGCAGGAUUGACGCCUGUCCAUCCCGCUGAAUGGUAUUCCUGAAAUUCCCCUGACUGAUUCGGGGAACUCAAAGAAAACCUGUGUGCAAGGCUCGGCUUUGUUUACUUUUCUCCAGCAACAACGCUCGCGCAGCGCUGUUGACAUCAAGAGAAAAGUAUCCAACCAACCAACAAAAGACUCGGACAAACACUCACAGUUCAGUUGGGUUGGACAAACAUGUUCCUGCCUUCCCUCAGUGAGAGAAACAGGAGUCAUUAGUUUGGUGCAUCACUUCUUUCCUGUGUUUGCUGACUGAGGGGCGGAUACAUGCAGACGAACACAUAUUCAGUCUGUAUGAAAUAACCCAUGUGCAGUGUGAGCUCUGGUGACAGUAUUGACACUGACAAGGAAGAAUCAGCCAGGCCCAACCACGCCAAGCUCUUCUUUAACCCCUGAUUCUUCUGUUUUCGUGGCACAUAAUGACAUGGCUCCUCACACAAAGGGCGGGACUGGUCAUGUCCAGACUUCAGCUGAAGCUUCUGAAGAAAAUGAGAUGAAGAGAGAAAAAACAUGCCGCCUAUAUGAAUGAAAGCAGUCUGCUGCAUCAGUCAACAACAGAGCCAAGACUCAGUCCUCCUGCCUCGUUUGGGAUUCUGUUUUGCACAUUUUAUUCUUUACUUGAGUUGUGUGGUUCUGUUUUAAUAAGCAGAAGAAAAAAAAUCACUAAACGUUUGGUUUCAGCCUUGUAAUGCGCCAGACUAAGAAGACUGCAAGCUUAACUUUAGAGACUUUCAUAUUUGAGUUACGCUGAGAACAGGAUAAGAUUUUUGAAAAAAAAAAAAAAAACAAGGACAAGAACAAUGCACUGAAUUUUCUUUAAGCUGUUUAAGAAUUUCAUUUCUCCUUAUGACAUUUCCUCAGUGACUUAUAACUAGACUGGACUUUUACAACUGCAGCACAUGAUCUCCAUCUGGAAGCUCUUUUUAGUUGUUGCCUCCUCGGCUUGGAUGCAGGUGUGGCUUCCCUCCUCUUUUAGUUGAGUUCUGUUGUUUUGUUUUUGUACUUAGCUUCAAUCAUAGAAUAGCUUUGAAUCUUUUUUGUGUUGAGGUUGCUCUGGAUUUGGACUAGGAGGGUUGCAGACGUGCAUUUGCCACUUAAAAUUGUAACUGAGCAGAUACGAGUGAGUGUGUGUGUGUGUGUGUGAGUGUGUUUGUAACAGUGAGGGUGGUACGUUAGAGAGGGACUUGCCUAUUUACCUGCAGCCCCUCUACUCCUAAUCUCAGGGCAAGCCAGGCUUGCAUAACUGCCCAAAAAGCACUGUCUCAGGUGGUCUUCUUACUUGCCAAACGGUUUGAGAAAGGAAAAAAAAUAUUGUAUGUUUCCUUUAAAAUUGCACUGUUGGAGAAAAUGAAGAGUUUUUUUUUUUUAACUAACAAAUCGUGAGAAAAGACCAGCGGAAAAGCAAGGCAGCUUUCUGAGAUUGAUCACAUUCCCUUUUUGUCCUGCUGCACUCGCCCUGUUCAUCCAACCAACAGUUAGAAUUCACCAGACCAGUGAAGCCAGAAUGCUUUGAAAAAGGAAUGAAAUAAAAAAAAAAGGAGAAACAACUCUGCUCCUGUGUCUUGUAAAAGGAGCAAACCCAGCUCUAAUGAAAAGCUGGGGACUUUGUUAAACCUCUGUUGAGACUGGUCAGAACAAGUAGUAGUAGGUUGACAUGAGUAAUACAUUGGUUUUCUAACUCAUUCAACACAUACGACCAGCUGCAACAGAGGACUUGCAUAGUCAGCAUAAAAAAGAAAAGCAGCACUUUUUUUGAUAAGAAAAUGAAACAAAAAAAAAAACAUUCAAUGGUGAAGGUCUGGAUAUAAAAACAUUUAUACUAGAGGAUUCUUCUUGUGUAGGACGCUAAUCUGUUAUUUACAUUUUUUUUUAAGUUAGUGACUUUUUUAAGUUUACAUUUUAAAUAUAGCUGACACCAGUCUGUGUGUGUGUGUGUGUGUGUGUGUGUGUGUGUGUGUGUGUGUGUGUGUGUGUAUGUGUGUGUGUGUGUUAUGUGUGUAUGCACGCUCCUAUCGAGAUCCAGCUGCAACUAAACAAACAGCUUCUCAAAUACUGCAGACUAGUAAAGUGAUCUUAUCUUAGUGGCCUUGACACAGAAAAGACCUGAUCAUGAGUCUUCAUUUUUCAGUGUCUAUGUUGACUCGUGUGUAUGUUUUUAGACCUUUCCAUGUUUUAUUCAAAAGGACAAAAAGGGAAGAGGAAAAAAAAAAAAAAAAAGUCCUUUUAGAAGCGAGUGUUGAAAAAUGACACUCAAGACAGGCCUCUCUCUGCUGAGCUGUUUGAACUAUUAUUGUGUUUACUUUGUAUUUCUGGGCAUUGAUAUAUUUUGCUUCCUAGUUUAACAAGUAACUAUUCCUGAGCUAGUCGCCCUCACCUCUGACCCCCUCAGGCCUGGGGGGUGGCAGCUGUUGAUCAGCAUCGCUCCUCCCUGAGACACGUAGACGAUAUGUGAUAAUAGACAAACCGCUUCUUCUUCCACCAUCUUUCUAUCCUCUUCUUCUUUUUUUUGUGCUAGGUUUUUUUUUUUUUUUUGGAUCGUAUCUUAGGGAAACUGAAUCAAGCUACACGGCAUUGAAUAAGCUUACUUUUUUUUUUUCUUCAGGUUGGUUGAUUCCAUAGUCCAUGUGCUUGGCCCUGAUAGUAGUCCAGUGUCAAAACUAAGCUAAACUCCUGACUCUCAAAAAGGCAGGAACUGAAAUGUUCACAGAUAAAAGAACCUGGGCCUCAGGAUCUGAAACAUUUUAGAAACAAGGUGCAAUAUCAUUCACUGAAUUUUCUUUAUUCUCCAUUGAUAUGUUUGUUUUUAUCUCUUUGUCUGUCAGUCAUGACGAUGUAUAGAUAUUCUAUGAAUAUGUUCUGAAUGAUUUAACCUUUUCUCUAGUUCUUCCUUUUGAUUUGAAUAAACAUUUUGUUCAAAAGA